AUGGCUUCCCUCAGCCAUCAUAUUACACAAACACCGGAUCACCUGGUGAAUCCGGCAAACCCACUUUAUCUUCAUCCUAGAGAAAAUCCAACAUUGGUGCUUGUUUCCCCUCUUCUUACGGAGAGCAAUUUUCACCAAUGGGAACGAGACAUGGUCGUCGCACUGGAGACCAAAAACAAGAAGUUCAUUGAUGGUACUCUUCCUUGUCCCCCUAUCACAGAUCCACUUCACGAAGCUUGGUGUCGCUCCAAUCCAAUGGUGAUGUCCUGGCUCACACGGUCCAUGACUUAUUUGAUCAAGCAAUCGGUGAUGUGGAUGGAUACAACAUUAGAUAUUUGGAGAGAUCUCAAGGAUCAAUUCUCCCAUGCUAAUAAAUUUAGGGUUUCUGAUCUUCAAGAUCAGAUUCUUGCUUGCCAUCAAGGUGAUUUGUCUGUUUCUGAGUAUUAUACGAAAUUGAAAAUCCUAUGGAAAUAG